AUGCGCUCCGCCGUUCUCCCCGUCACCGCCGGCCUGGCUUCCGUGGCUUCGGCGCUUGUGAGCCGUGACGGAACAGGACGCCUGCCGGCCUUGGGAUGGAACUCGUGGAACGAGUACGGGUGCGACAUCAACGAGACCGUGUUCCUCAACGUCGCCAAGCUCAUGGUCGACCUGGGUCUCAAGGACCUCGGAUAUGAGUACGUUAACAUUGACGACUGCUGGAGCGACAAGGAGCUGCGGAGAGACAACGUCACGAAGGAGAUCAUCGUCGACUUGAAGAAGUUCCCUCAGGGGAUCAAACAUACUGUUGAUUUGAUUCACCAGAUGGGGUUGAAGGUUGGCAUCUACAGCGACGCGGGAACAUCCACGUGCGGUGGCUUUGAGGGAUCACUCGGCUACGAGGAAAUCGACGCCGCGACCUUUGCUAAAUGGGGUAUCGAUUACUUGAAGUACGACAACUGCAACGUACCCAAGGAAUGGUUCGACGACUGGAAAUACGUCCCCGAGCUCUGGCUCGGCGGCCCUCCCAAUGAAAACCAGGACAAUGGCGACCCCGUCAACUCCAAGACAGGCAAGCCUGCGCCCGCCGGCUACGACUGGUCGACCUCGGUCACGGCCGACCGCUACCGCCGCAUGCGCGAUGCGCUGCUCGACCAGGACCGCACGAUCCAGUACUCCCUCUGCGCCUGGGGCCACGCCCACGUCGAGGCCUGGGGCAACGAGACGGGCCACAGCUGGCGCAUGUGGGGUGACAUUUACCCUGAGUGGUACGGCCAGCACCAGUGGUCAUGGGGCCUCAUGCCCAUCCUCAACCACGCCGCCUUCUGGUCCGGCCCGGACGUCAACGGCUUCUGGGGCCACGGCGACUGGGACAUGCUCGAGGUCGGCAACGGCAACCUGACUUACGAGGAGAGCAGGAGUCACUUCGCCUUCUGGGCGGCCCUCAAGAGCCCGCUCAUCAUCGGCACCAAGCUCGACGGCAUCAAGCCCGAGAUCCUCGAGAUUCUCGCCAACAAGGAGCUCGUCAAGUUCAACCAGGACCCGGAGUACGGCGCCGCGGCCCAGCCGUACAAGUGGGGCGUCAACCCCGACGGCGCAUGGAACCUUACUCACCCUGCCGAGUUCUGGUCCGGCAAGAGCGUCGACGGCACGCACGUCUUCGUUCUCAACACUCUCUCUGGCACCGAGAAGAAGACGGUCGCGUUCAAGGACGUGCCGGGGUUGGCGACGGCCAAGAGGUACGUCGUCCACGACAUGUGGACGGGCGAGGACCUGGGUGUGUUUGAGAACGAGGUCACGGUCGAGCUGGCGAGCCACGACACGGCGGCGCUGAGGAUCAGCGAGUACAAGUGUGUCAAGAAGAAGUCUGCGGGUUUAUGA